AGCACCCCUGUGUGCAUGAUGUGAUGUGAAGGGGGCCGCCGAGCUAGGCAGGCUGGACAGAUCCACAUGCACAAAAGAAGGCACUGAUGGGAUCCAGAACGAACAGGGCAAUCCCUGUGAGGAGCAGUGCUCUGUGUGGGUAACAUAGCUCCCCCUGCCUGUAAGUUGCUCCCUGUAUUGAUUGAUUGAGUGCCAACGUCAGUGUUGACUCUUUGCGACCACAUAGCUAGAUUCUCUCCAGGAUUAUCUGUCUUCAACUUGGCCUUUCAGGUCUCUCAGUGGUGCAUUCAUUGCUGUCGUAAUCGAGUCCAUCCACCUUACUGCUGGUCAUCCUCUUCUUCUCUUUCCUUCAACUUUCCCCAGAAUUAUCUCUGUGUUGACUUACUAGGAAACAAAGCAUUUCAAAUUUAUUUUAUUUAUUCGAUUUCUAUGCCGCCCUCCCAAAAAUGGCUCAGGGAAUAACAAAUAAAUAAGAUGGAUCCCUGUCCCCAGAGGGCUCACAAUCUAAAAAGAAACAUAAGACACCAGCAACAGCCACUGGAGGGAUGCUGUGCUGGGGCUGGAUAGGGCCAGUUGCUCUCCCCCUGCCAAAUAAAGAGAAUCACUGCGUUAAAAGGUGCCUCUUUGCCAAGUUAGCUGUACAACCCAAAUGAGCCCACUACCCCUUCUCAAAAUGUGGAGGAUGGGACUGGCGGUGAUAGACACACUCACAACGCCUGUGUCAAGCUCAACUCGCAGUAUCCGCACAGCUAUCAUUAAUUGAGCACGUGGGUUCAAAGAACCCGGGGCCCCAGCUCCACCCCUUCCGGAAGCGCCCAUAACAACUGCGAUGCCGCCGCUGGAGAAGCUUUCGGCCGCAAGGUGGCGCAUUUCUUCCAUCAAUAUCGCAACGCGGGCAUUCGGCCGACCAACUAGGUCGUCGCCGUUCCCAUUCAGGCAUAGCUCUAGGAGCUUGUCAACUCUAUGAUGAGGUCUUCGAAACGCGGAGCUCCUCACGCGUGACGAUAUCGACCUGCGUCCACGAUGUAGCUGCUGGCUGCGUGACGUAAGCUCACGUGACUUAUCCCAGCAGUCGCAAGAUGGCGGCGUCCACAUCUGGUUCUUCCUCACUCCAGCCUGGCGGGCGAUAUUGCCUGGUGAGCUGCAUUCCGAGGCAGCUUCGCUCCGCCGAUCUCCGUUCCUAUUUCAGCCAGUUCGUCGAGGACAGUGGCUUCCUCUGCUUUCAUUACCGGCACCGCCCCGAGCGUGGAGAAGGGCCGGACGUACCCUCGCAUCCAAGCUCGACCUGCUGCUGCCUGGUGGAGGUGCGCUCGGGGUGGUCCCCCCGUUUCGUCCGUAUGUAUUCGGGCAAGUGCUGGAUCGACUCUCGGGGAGAGACGCUGCCCGGCCGGUGCCUUAUCCGAAGGGUUCGAGUUUCCCCAGACACAGGUGUUGACACAUUUCCUUAUAAAACCAAAAAGGAGCUCCAGAAGAAAGCCUCCCAUGAAAUCUUCACCCAGAAUGAUUUCAAGCAGCUGCCUGAACUGAACCCUCCUGUCUUCAUGCCCUAUGGGAAUGUGGGAACUCCUCUGAGAGUUUUCCUGGAUCUCAUCAGAGCCUGCCGGAUGCCUGCCCGUGCUAUCAAGAAGCUUCAGUUGCAGUUCCCCACAACUGGCUCCUCUCGGAGAUAUGGAAAUGUACCAUUUACAUAUGAGGAAACUGAGACUGUUGUAGAAGAAGAGCGAGUUUACACAGCUACAGGAGAGGAGAUAACAAGAGAGCACCAGCCAAGAGUGCAGGUGGUUUAUCAAGAUAAUGACAAGGAAGAGGGAGACAGGGAAGAUUCAGAGAAGGACCUGGCAGAAGAAUAUCAUAUGAGUGAUGAAGAUGAUGAUGAUAGAUGUGAGGAGUGGGAGCGACAUGAGGCUUUGCACGAGGACAUCACCAGUCAGGAGCGCACAAAGGAACGCCUGUAUGAAGAGGAGAUCGAGUUGAAGUGGGAGAAAGGAGGCUCUGGUCUGGUCUUCUAUACAGAUGCACAGUAUUGGCACGAAGAAGAAGAAGGAGAUUUUGAUGAACAGACGGCAGACGAUUGGGACGUGGACAUGAGCAUCUACUACGACAAAGAUGGAGGUGAUAAGGAUGCUCGAGAUUUGGUCCAGAUGCGGUUUGAACAGAGACUCCGAGAAGGCUUGGAAGAUGGGUCCGUUCUGGGGCAACAGAUUGGGAACUUUGAAAAAUAUACCAAGGGUAUUGGCAGAAAAGUAAUGGAGAAGCAGGGCUGGACUGAAGGCCUUGGUCUGGGAAGCAGCAAUUCCGGGAUGGCUGAAGCCUUGGACAAUGAGGGCCAGAAUCCAAAAUGCAAGAGGGGGUUGGGGUACCAUGGAGAGAAGCUCCAGACUUUUGCCAAGCCCAAGAGACCUCGCAGGGAUGCCCAUGGCCUGAUCUCCACCAUCUACGAUGACCCUCACCCUGUGGACACGGAGAACCGGCUGCUCCGGCGCCAGCUGCCAAUCGGCAUGAAGUAUCGGCAAGACAUGGCAUUUGUCCAUGCUGCACACAGAGUUCACCGGAGCUCUGAUCUCCCAUGAGGGGUGUAGAGGUCUGCCAGCCAGCCGGAUAAGAGAGACUUUGGAACUAGGCUUGUUUUUGCAGCAGCAGCCUUUUGUAUUAUUUAUUGGUUCAAUCUUUUGACUUUUUAUUAGCAGAAAAUGGGUUACUGCCUCCAAAUUAAGGCAGAAAUAUUUUAAUUACCUGUAUUAAAUGUCGAGACAGAUGUUUCA